CCUAGUUAAAGAGAAUUAGGGGGAAUAGAUUUGCCAAUUUCUUCCCAUCUCAAACUCCUCCUCCUCUCUGCGAAUUUAUCUCAUUAUUCUUGCUUCCCUCUCUCCCCUUAAAACUCUGCUCCUCCAAAGAAUCGGAGAUCAAACCCCAUUGCCCCAUUUCUUCUCAGGAAUCGCUUUUCUUGUUUGUAAUUCCAAACCAUCAAGUGGGGCAUUCUGAGUUGUUGUUCGAUUCCGAUUCUUUCUUCUCAGGAGCAGAGGGUAUUCAAGAUGUUGGGGAGCUUGCUUACCAGAUGUCUCAUAAUGUCUUUUGGGUAUGCAUACCCUGCAUUUGAGUGUUACAAAAUCGUGGAGAAGAACAGAGUUGAGAUUGAAGAACUUCGGUUUUGGUGUCAAUACUGGAUUAUUGUGGCUGCGCUAACAGUUCUUGAAAGGCUUGGAGAUGUAUUCGUUGCAUGGUUGCCCAUGUAUGGUGAGGCAAAGGUUGCCAUUUUCAUCUAUCUUUGGUAUCCAAAAACCAGGGGAACUGGGUACAUAUACAAGACCCUGUUGAGGCCUUAUGUAUCAAAGCAUGAAACAGACAUUGACCGGAAAAUACUGGAGAUGAGAGCAAGGGCAUGGGAUCUGACCGCUUUCUACUGGCAAAACUUCGCCCAAUAUGGGCAGACAGCUUUCUUCCAAUUCCUAAAUUACAUGGCUGCUCAAUCAUCGAAAAUGACCAAAGCCACAGCUGAGCCGGUGAAUGGUCAGUCGAAUGGCUCCGCUGCAAGCACAAAGCCGAAUGGUGCUUCAGGCGCUUCAAAAGAUGAUUGAUUGGAUUGGUAGAGACUAGAGAUAUAUUGUAACAAAGAAAAAUAGAAAAAAAAUCUUUGAAUAUGGAUUGAGAACACUGUGUCUCAGAAUAUUCAAAUACAUAAUUCAAAUUCAAAUUCAUUCCA